GCAAUCUCACGUGUACACUCAAUACCGGCGCGGCAUGCAGCGCUAUCAAUCCGAACUUUCUGGAUACUCCCCGUACAUUCUCUGCAUACACAUUCGAUAGGCAUGUGGUAUUUAAACAGCGCUCGCUGCCGGGUUCCAAAAUUGAUAUUUUGAAUGAGCGAAGUGGAAGAAACUACUCACCUUUUCUGCUUACGAAAGUGAAUAUAUAGGAUUAUAUGAUUUUCUAACCAUUGGAAAUUUCACGUAGAACAAUUUCAGGGCUAAUAAAGAGAAGAGACACUGUUUAAUUCGAGGAACGAAGGAGACAAAGAAGAUCGGAAAUGUCGGUGGUAGGGUUCGAUGUCGGAAACCUCUCGUCGUACAUCGCCGUAGCGAGGGGAGGAGGGAUUGAAACCAUCGCCAAUGAGUACAGCGACAGGCUUACUCCUACAGUAGUCAGUUUUGGAGAGAAGUCGAGGACGCAAGGUCAUGCUGCUCGAAGUCAGGCAAUCACAAACUUCAAGAACACAUUGUCACAGUUCAAGAGGUUUAUAGCACGGCAGUACAGCGACCCCUCAGUCCAACAAGAUGCGAAAGUUGUACCUUAUAAAGUCACACAGCUCCCUAAUGGGGGUGUCGGGAUGCAAGUACAGUAUCUUGGCGAGACAGAGACGUUCACACCAGAGCAGGUUUACGCCAUGAUGCUGACAAAGCUAAAAGAGACCGCUGAAGUUAAUCUUCUCAGGAAAGUGGUUGAUUGUGUUAUCUCGGUUCCACAAUAUUACACUGAUCUUGAACGCAGAGGUGUAAGCCAUGCUGCUGAGAUUGCUGGUCUUAAUUGUCUUCGGGUUAUCAGCGAUACCACAGCAGUUGCAUUGGCAUAUGGUAUCUACAAGCAAGAUCUUCCCACCCCAGAGGAGAAACCAAGGAAUAUUGUCUUUGUAGACUGUGGUCACUCAUCUCUUCAAGUUUCUGUAUGUGCAUUCAACAAGGGUAAACUCAAGGUCCUGGCCAACGCAUCAGACAAGAACCUCGGUGGUCGUGACUUUGACUGGUUACUUGCCGAACACUUUGCUGUAUAUUUCCAAACACGGUACAAGCUCGACGUAAAAUCUAACCAAAGAGCCUGGCUACGUCUCCUAGCUGAGUGUGAUAAGACCAAGAAGUUGAUGAGUGCCAAUGCUACCGUUAUAUCCAUGAACAUUGAGUGUAUUAUGGAAGAUACGGAUGUCAGUGGAAAGAUCAAUAGGACAGAAUUUGAAGAACUUGCUGCAGACUUGUUAAAACGAGUAGAAGUUCCUCUCAAAUCUGUGCUUGAACAGUCGAAGUUGAAACCAGAUGACAUCCAUUCUGUUGAGAUAGUUGGAGGAUCCAGUCGUAUUCCUUCCAUCAAGGAAACGAUAAAGAGAAUCUUCAAGAAGGAGUGCAGCACGACGCUAAAUCAGGAUGAAGCUGUGGCAAGGGGGUGUGCUCUACAGUGUGCCAUCUUAUCACCUACGUUCAGGGUUAGGGAUUUCACUGUAACAGACCUAACACCUUAUCCUAUUGAAUUAAAAUGGAAAGGAACAGAGGGAGAGGAUGGAUCAAUGGAAGUGUUCCACAAAAACCACCAAGCACCAUUUUCUAAGAUGCUUACAUUCUACCGCAAAGAGCCCUUUGAGCUUGUUGCUCAAUACGCCGACUCCAACCUACCCAUUCCCGAGCCAACGAUAGGUCGUUUCAAGAUCAAUGGCGUGUUCCCAACGGCAGAGGGUGAGAGUUCAAAGAUCAAGGUGAAGGUUCGCGUGAACGGUCAUGGCAUCUUCCAUGUGUCUUCAGCGUCGCUGAUAGAGAAGCUUUCUGCUCAGGCAGAAGAACCCAUGGAGGAGUCAAGCCCCCAGGAGAAUGGACCCAGCAAGGAGGAGGGAGCUGGAGCCGCCCCGACGGAGAAUGAUAGCCCCAUGGAACAGAGCCCAGUGGACGGUGGAGCAGGAGAGGGGGAGGCACCGGCAGAGAAGGAGGAGCAAGGCGAGAAUGGAGCCAAGGAGGCUUCUAAAGACAGUAAUGAGAACAGCGAGGGCAGCAAAUCUGAGAAUGGCAGUACUGAAACAGACUCCAAAGCAACAAAAAAGAACAAGAAGACUGUCAAAACACAUGAACUGACCAUCACUGCUAAUACCAAUGAACUCUCUGUAACUGAAGUCAACAACUUCUUUGAAAAGGAGGGUAAGAUGAUUGCUCAGGACAGACUGGAGAAGGAAAAGAAUGAUGCUAAGAAUACAGUUGAGGAGUAUGUCUAUGAGAUGAGAGAAAAGAUCUGUGACAGACUUGCGCAGUUUGUCUCAGAAAAGGACCGGGAGAGUUUCAGUAAACUUCUGGAGGAUACAGAGAAUUGGUUAUAUGAAGACGGAGAGGACCAAGCCAAGAGUGUCUACCAAACAAAACUUGCUUCAUUGAAGAAAAUUGGUGAUCCUAUUGAAACGAGGUGUAAAGAAUAUUCUGAGAGACCCCUUGCUUUUGAUGAGUUUGGCAAGGCAGUAAUUCACUACAGGAAAGCACUAGAACUAUAUUCACAAGGGGAUGAGAAGUACUCUCACAUUGAGAAGGAUGAUAUGGCAAAGGUUGAUAAAUGCUUGAAGGACAAGGAGACCUGGAGAGAUACCAAGAUGAAUGCUCAGAACCAGAAGAAAAUCUACCAAGAUCCUGUUGUCACAGCAUCACAGAUUAGGUCAGAAAUACAGAGCAUGAAAUCCACCUGCGACCCUAUAAUCAACAAACCCAAACCAAAGCCCAAAGAAGAGCCUCCCAAGGACAACGGUCCUACACCGGAGGAGGCUGCCAAAGAGGGUGAUGCUGCCGCACCAACCACGGAAGGCGAGGAGAAGAUGGAUACUGUCGACCAAGCACCUACAGGAGACGCUAGCAAAGAGGGCGACACAAAACCAGAUGUGGAGAUGGAACUAGAUUAAUGAUAACCCGUAGUGCUAUUGUUGGUAUCAAUUUUUGUGUUAAUUUUUCACCAUUGUGAUGGAGAUUAUACAUCGGUCUUGAUUUUGUUGAAGCCCAGAAGAAAUGAAUACCAUGCAUCAUUGUCCUAUUUAGUGUUAAAUUCCGUCUGUAAUACAUCUUGGAUGAAAUUAUUGUUACUCAGAAAGUUUCCAAUCUCCCUUCAUACAGUGUUUGAAUCGACUGUUUUCUCAUACUGUAACGGACAUUUUAGAAUAUUCACUUUCCCCAACCAUUAUUGAUAUGUAUUGACAGUUGGAGUCAUAGGUAUGUUUGCCAAAGUGUUUUGGAUGGCAAGAUGCGAUGUUUAAGAAGAGUACAUUUGACUUUUCUGUGUUCUAUACUCAAUCGUCCACAUACUGUGAAUUUAUGAAAAGCAGUUCAUUUGUUUUAUUUCUUGCUGCAAUAAAUGUUUUUAUGUUUUCCUCAGAAAUGUUUUUUUUUUCUAUUGUGAAUCAAGUUGUAUAGCAUUACAAUGUGCAGGUGGUAAGGCUCAAGAUGCGAGAAGCUUUAUUACUUGCUAUUUGUGAAUAAUGUAUGUGAUUACAUUUUGCAUAAAUUAUAUCUUGCUAUAUAUUCCAUGGAGGUUUUUCCUUUAUUUUUGGUUUACAAAUUCUUUUUUUCUUCACCAUUUAUUUCAUGUUUAAUAUAGACUCUUAAUAUUCUUACAUUACAUUUUAACAUCAUAUUAAAGCAAUGGUUUUGGCACAAGAUGUAUGUUUGUUACCUCUUGUUAUACUUUAUAAGCCUCUUUACGUGAUUGUAUUAAACAUCCUUGGAAUUAAUUAUUUAUUUAUAAAGCAAUGUCUCCUCAACUACCAAAUCAAGCUUUGAGAAGACUUAAAAUAUUGUAGAGUUUCUGAGCAGAGUUGGUGCUUAGUCGAGCCACUAUGUAAACUUGUAUGUCAACACAGGCAAAAUAUGUUUGUGAAAAUAGUUCAAAUGUGGUGAUCAUAAUAAAUAUGUAUUAAAGAUAUUUCAUGUGAUCAGAUGAUUCUAUUACUUCUGUAAAUAAUGAUGAAUGAAUGUGAUUAUAUAUUCUUGUUCAUGCCAACCAAAUGUUCAAGGGAACAGAAGCACAUGUACAGGCGUUUAAAUAUGGCAUUCAUACUUGUAUAUUGGAGACACUAUGCACUGACUGAUGAGUCACUUUGGAUGUUUUGUGCAUAGUCAAAUAAGCACCUUAUUGUUUGUGUAGCCAGCUCCUGUUAACACAUGGUAAUACAACAUACAGUUAUCCCAGUGUUGGAAAAGUGAAGUCUAUCAAGGUGUAAAAAAUAUCAAUCCGCAAGAAAGAUCUAGAAAAAGUUCAAAACGAUAAAUUAUGUAUGUUUUAUGGCAACAUGGCAUGUAAUGGAUAUUUUUCAUAUCUAAAUGUUGACUUGUGUCAGAUCAAAUAGGGCAAGAGAUGAAAUCUAUACAUGUUUGAUAAUAAAGGCCCAAAUAAAAAAGCUUUACCUCUUGUAAUUGUGAAUAUACUUGAAUAAAGUGGUGUAUGUCUAAGCAUUGAAUUUUAAAUGUGAAUUUGAGAAGGAAUAUUUACAGCAUUCCUUCCCGGUCAGGUAUGAAUUCAAAUAAAAGUGGAACCAUCAUAUUUCUCUCGACAUGGAGAAAAGAUUUUACAGCAUCAAUUUACAUUUAACCCUUUCCAUGCGUACUUCGCACCAAUGCACAGUCGGUGUUGCGCGAACUUCGCAUUUCCCGCUCAAGCAAACUGCGUUGUUUCCCUCCCUGAAAAUAAUCCAGCACAGAGGGGUUCAUGGUCCAGCGCACAAAGAGUCAAAUAGAUCUAUGUAGUGCGUUCACCUUAUAUUAUACUGUGUUUGCACAGUGAAGAAGGGAAUUAUGAAUCUAAAAAAGAAAUAAACCCAGUGGCCCUCAAAGCCUGCGUCAAGCAUUUCUUUGUUGCUUAGACUGGUUUCAAAUGACUACAAACCACUUCUUAGUACAAUUAUGUUGGUAUAAUACGGGAAAUGCAAGGACACGAUGCAAGGUUUAGCAGACAAAUUGAUUAGUAAUAAAUCACAGUUUUUCUUCACAAAUUCUGGAGAAAGGGGUUGUGGAAAAUGAAAUGUACACAUCGUUGCAUGAUGACCAUAUUUUUUCUAGCUAUGAUGCUCUCUGGAUGGCAUAUUUGGAUUGAGAGAAUGUUUAUAAAACCACUCUUCUUAAAUUUUGUUAUACAGGUUAUAAGCAGAAUGUGUUAGGGGUGUUAGUAUCAUCCCUAGAAAAGCAAAUUGAUUUGCUUUCCCUGAGUAUAUUAUCUGCUAAAGGACAAUUACAUAUUAAAAAAUGCUUAAAGAUAAACAGAUCAUACUAGAUUAACUUAUUUCAUAUCUAUUGUAUGGAAAACAAGUAAUUAUAUUUUGUUGUACAUGAUUGUAUUUAUAUGAAGCAAACCAAUGAAAAGCUUGAUGGAAAUUGUGUGUGGAAGAAAUACUGUUAAAUAAAUUUUAAAAGAUUGCCAGUUCAGUUCAUAAGAGUGAAUUUCUGCACAUGGCAUUGGCAGUGAUAAUGAUAAAUAAUACAUUUAAAUGAAAGUAUUAGUUUAGGCUCUUGAAGGAGAUGCUACUUUUUGUUGUAUUUCUGUAUGAAUGAUGAGUCAAUAAAAGGCUUGAUGUUUUUGUCAAAGAAAUAA